CUCUUUUUUUUUUUUAAAGGCUGAUUUAAUAAUCAGACAAAUAUCAAGUGGUAAAUUAUUUUAAUAAGCAAUGGCUCUAUAAAUUAAAUUAUUUUUCAUUGAGUUUGCCUUUGAACUAGGUCUGUCAACAUGAGCGUUAACAGCAUAUCUUGUAAUAAUGUGUGUCAAUAAAAUAGUCAAUCUGGUUUGAUUGAUUGAUUGAAACUUUUAUUAGUAGAUUGCACAGUUCAGUACAUAUUCCGUACAAUUGACCACUAAAUGGUAACACCCGAAUAAGUUUUUCAACUUGUUUAAGUCCACGUAAAUCAAUUCAUGGUACAAAUAUAUACUAUCAUCAUAAUACAGUCAUCACACAAGUUAAUCAUCAGAGUAUAUACAUUGAAUUAUUUACAUUGUUUACAAUCCGCGGGGUGGGAUGAGGAGGGUUUGGUUGAUAUCAGCACUAUUGUCAUCAACAAUUGCAUCAUUGAAACAGUGUAGGUCUGACUUGGUAGGAUAUGUACAGCGAGCAGAGAACAUAGUGAGUUCAGAUAGCAUAAGAACAAGUAUAUACAUUAGAAAUACAUUUGAUUAUUUACAUUUGUUAUUUACAAUCCGGGGAGGUGGGAUGUGGAGGGGGGAGGGUGUUAGUCAAGGGUUGAAGUUGCCUGGAGGUGUUGUUUUAGUGCAGGUUUGAAGCAGGAUAGAGAUGCACAUGGUCAAACAAACAUUUUUGAGUUUGUCACACAGAAAAAAGAAAUAUUUUGAUUGAAUUAAAAGGUAAAACAAGUUUGAAUGUAGUUGUAAAAAAGUAAUAAGUUGUUUAUAGACCACAUGUAUUCAAAUACUUGUAUGAAUACGCUUGUUUAUUUACUGGUACUUCAAUAUAAAUGGGUAAAAAUGCAUUUAAAAAUGGAAGUUGAAACAGAGACGUGUAUUUUGUUGUUGCACACAAGGUGGCGAUGUUUGGUAGGACAGAAGAAGCCUUUAAACUGGACAUGAGCUCAUGUUUGUUUUGCCCCCUGAUUCUUGCUGCGCACUCUUGCUGCCAUUACGGUAGCGUCCAUCUGCUGUUCCUCAGCUGAUAUGAGACUGCAGACCCCACUGCGGGAGCAACCUUCUCCACCACAGUCAGGCAGCGUAAAAAGGAUGUUAGACAAAGAGGAGUUUUUGCCGGACACUUCCCCGCAGGAGCUGACUCAGACUCCCAUGAGGAAGAUCUGGUUGCCUGGCAAAAGCGGCCACAUAGUGCAGAGACGCGUUUGUAUGACCAACUGUCCCACCCUCAUCGUGACGGUGGGACUUCCAGCCAGAGGGAAGACGUACAUCUCCAAGAAGCUGACACGCUACUUAAACUGGAUAGGAGUGCCCACCAAAGAGUUCAACGUGGGUCAGUACCGCCGAGAGCGCGUGAAGAUCUACAAGUCCUUCGAGUUUUUCAGUCCCGAUAAUGAAGAAGGCGUCAAAAUCAGACGCCACUGUGCCAUGGCAGCUCUGAACGAUGUGCGACACUACCUGAGUGUGGAAGGAGGACAAGUGGCGGUCUUCGAUGCCACGAACACAACCAGAGAACGAAGAGCAGCCAUUGUCAAGUUUGCAGAGCAGAACAUGUUCAAGGUGUUCUUUGUGGAGUCUGUGUGUGAAGACCCAGACAUCAUCGCACAGAACAUAGUGCAAGUCAAGCUGGACAGUCCAGACUACAUCCACUGUGACACCCAGGAGGCCAUUGAAGACUUCAUGAAGAGGAUCAAGUGUUACGAGUCCUCCUACCAGCCCCUGGAUGACCUGCUGGACAGGGAGCUGUCCUACAUUAAGAUCAUGGACGUGGGUCGUCGGUACCUGGUGAACCGCGUGCAGGACCACAUCCAGAGCAGAAUCGUCUACUACCUGAUGAACAUCCACAUCACGCCACGCUCCAUCUACCUCAGUCGCCACGGCGAAAGCGACCUCAACAUCAAAGGACGCAUCGGAGGCGACUCGGGCUUGACAGCGCGAGGCAAAGAGUAUGCCAAAUGUCUGAUGAAGUACAUUCAGGACCAGAACAUCCAGGACUUGAAGGUGUGGACCAGCCAGAUGAAGAGGACCAUCCAGACCGCAGAGUGUUUACAAGUUCCUUAUGAGCAGUGGAAGUCUCUCAAUGAAAUCGAUGCUGGUGUGUGUGAGGAGAUGAUGUAUGAGGAGAUCCAGGAACAUUAUCCUUUGGAGUUUGCCCUCAGAGACCAAGACAAGUACCGCUAUCGCUAUCCCAAAGGAGAGUCGUACGAAGACCUGGUGCAGAGACUAGAACCUGUCAUCAUGGAGCUGGAAAGGCAGGAGAAUGUUCUGGUGGUUUGUCACCAGGCUGUGAUGAGAUGUCUGCUCGCUUAUUUCCUCGACAAGACUGCAGAUGAAUUGCCUUACCUCAAGUGUCCUCUGCACACCGUGUUGAAACUCACCCCUCUGGCUUACGGAUGCAAAGUGGAGUCCAUCUAUUUGGGUGUGGACGCAGUGAACACACACCGAGAGCGACCGCAGAACAUCAACGCGCAGCGCAGCACGGAAGACGCUCUGCAGACCAUCCCGGCGCACUUCUGAUCCUUCGCUUGAA